AUGAUUCGCCACCGAUCUUAUAACGCCACGGCGUGUGGUGAUGGCCUCUUCGGCCCGGCGGUGUGGCCCGAUGGCUGUCGAGGUGGCUUCGACUUUACACUGUCUUUUGAAGAGAGCAUCUUGUCCACCCUUCCUUCGGCUCUGUUCCUCCUAUUCUCCAUCCCUAGAGCCAUCUAUCUCCUUCGAACUCCCGACAAGGCGAAGCGACGAUCAGCUUAUACACCAAAACUAAUUGCAUCAAGUGCAUAUGCAGGCAUCCAAGUUGGCUCCCUAGCCCUCGUCGCCUCUUCACGACUCCUGAACACGAAAUUCUCUCUCGCCGCCGCCAUCCUCAAUCUCAUCGCCGCGUGUUGCAUCGUUCUCCUCUCGCACAUCGAACACGUGAAAUCUAUACGUCCAUCUUUUCUUCUCACCUCCUAUCUCUUCACGUCACUCCUUUUCGAUGCUGCUCGGUUACGAACAGAAUGGCUUCUGUCCGUGAAUGUCGCGUAUGCAGCAGUGCUAUCUACUUCAACCGUUCUCAAACUGGUCGUGCUAGUGUUGGAAAAUGUCGAAAAGAGGAGGAUCUUGGUAGACUCAAGCAAGGAGCCGUCAACAGAAAGCACGAGUGGCCCCUUUAACCGCGGCUUCUUCAUCUGGCUCAACUCGCUACUCAUUUCCGGCUGGGCUACUGUCUUGACAAACCACGACCUCCCCGCCAUUUACGAGAAACUCUCCUCUGAGAAGCUGGCCGUUAUUUUCACAAAGCGAUGGGACAAAGUCACUCGCGAUGGACGAAAAGCAUCCCUCUUUCUCAACACUGUCUGGAUCCUCAAACUCGAGAUCGCCGGCAUCGCCCUUCCUCGGUUGGCUACAGUUGGCUUGACAAUAGCGCAGCCUUUCCUUGUGUCCCAAGCUCUGCGUUUCCUCGCCAUGCCCAAGAACGAGCACUCUGAUAAUAUCGGCUACGGGUUGAUUGGUGCCUUUGCUCUUGUCUUUGUCGGAUCAGCUAUCCUGACGGCAUGGUAUGAACAUCUAACCUUUCGAGUUGGCGCCAUGAUUCGAGGUGGCUUGAUUGGCCUCAUUUACCGUAAGAUGUUGAAGCUCUCGGCCAGCGAACUGAACGAAUCUUCAGCUGUUACCCUUAUGGGCAACGACAUUGAGACUCUGGCUGAGCGAGCAAACGCUUUGCUCAUCGAAGGCUGGGCCAACACACUUACUGUCGCCAUCGCCGUCUGGAUGUUGUACGCACAACUGGGCGCCGUCUGUGUUGCUCCCAUUGUUAUGGCAAUUAUAUCUAUUGUGUUGUGUUGGUUCAUUGGAAAGGUCCUAGUCAAACGCCAGACCGUCUACCAGAAAGCAACGCAAGCUCGCAUCAAUUUCACAUCCGAAGUGCUCGGCUCCAUUAAAGCCGUCAAGAUGCUGGGAUACACUGAGCGUUUCACUGAUCUCCUUGAAGACAAGCGCGACCAUGAUUUGAACGUUGGCAAACAUUACCGACAAAUGAUUGUAUGGGCCAACACAGUUGGAAACGCAAACGUCAGUCUUACUCAAGCUGCUACAUUUGGCGCCUACGCCAUUGUAGCCAAGCUCAGCGACAACCAGUCCUUCUCUGCAUCACAGGCCAUCACGGCUCUUUCUAUCCUCAACGUCAUGAUAAAUCCACUCAGCUUCCUUCUCGGCAAUAUUUCGUCCGCCUAUGCUGCCUUUGGGUGCUUUAAGCGUAUCCAAGAGUUCCUACUACUUAAUGAAAGGGUUGAUAGCCGUGAGAUUUGCGCACAGCCAGGACUUUCAACAAAGAACGAAGAAGAUGGCUCACGCAAGAGCAGCAUUGAGCUUCGCACACUUGAUCGCUAUAAUGAAGAAGGCGCCCGCAUCUCUAUUUCUGGAGGAGACUUUGCUUGGAAGGAGAAGAAAGUGUUGAGCAACAUUAGCGUGUCAUUCUCACAAGCACAGUCGGGAUCCCUCACCAUCAUUGUUGGUCCAAUCGGCUCCGGAAAGUCAAGUUUACUCAAGGCCAUCCUUGGAGAGACAUCAUCGACUGGCGGAAGGGUCUCGCUAUCAACUCCAAGCAUCGCGUUCUGUGAUCAGACCCCCUGGGUAAUGAAUGCAACGAUUCGAGACAACAUUGUGGCGGAAUCUGGACACUUUGAAGACAAAUGGUUUGAAACGGUUGUUGAGGCCUGUGAUUUGACUCAGGAUUUUGCCAGGCUGCCAGAAGGCGUUGCGACCGUCGUUGGUGAUAAAGGAGUGAAACUCAGCGGAGGUCAGAAACAAAGACUUGCAAUCGCUCGUGCUGUCUACGCUCGAAAGCCAGUGGCCAUCUUCGACGAUGUGUUCAGUGCACUGGACAAAGCAACGGAGCGUAUCGUCUUUGCUCGCGUCUUCAGCAAAGAUGGACUCCUCCGACGCAGUGGCACAACAGUGAUUCUCGCCACCCACUCCGUCCACCUUCUACCCAGCUCCGACCAUAUCAUCGCCCUUGGUCAAGAUGGCCAAGUCAUUGAGCAAGGAUCUUUCGCAAAGCUUCAGCAAAGCGGUAAAUACGUCCAAAGCCUCGACGUCACAGACCCCCAUUCCGACAGCGACAGCGACAGCGAAUCAACCUCUAAACAGGCCAUUGUCGAAGAGAUUAAGAACCUCAAUGAGAACAACGAAGAGGAGGAGCAAGAUAGGGGAGAGCAGCAAUCAGUUUCAAGUGAUCGCAGCACUUUCAAGUACUACUUUGGCGCGAUGCGACCCCUUAGCUUGGCAGUUGGCGGCGCGUAUAUCAUUGGACAGGCAUUUUUCUCGACUUUCAGGUCCGUUUGGCUUACCUGGUGGGGCGAUGGGCGAGGACGCGCGAGCAACGACGUUGCAUACUGGUUGAGCAUCUUUACCGUCAUGGCUGUUGUGGAGGCUACGUUGAUAUCUCUGGCAAUCAUGCACUUUUUGAUCAUUCUCGGACCAGCAGUCUCCAAGAAAUUCCACAGCAGAAUCUUGAAUGCAGUUAUGAGGCAAGACUUAAACGCGAAGCUGAUUUACAUUGACCUCCCCGUCUCCCUCGCCAUUUUCCUCUUUGAUGUAUCAACCUGUGUCGGUGUAACAGGACUGGCAGUUGGAGCAGUCGGCUAUUUCGCCGCAUCCCUACCCUUUGUCAUCACCAUCCUCCUCAUGAUCCAGCGUUUCUACGUCCGAACAUCUAAGCAGCUCCGUAUUCUAGAGAUCGAGCACAAGGCACCACUAUACUCCCACUUCCUCGAAUCCAUCAACGGCCUAGCCACAAUCCGCGCUUUUGGCUGGACCCAUCCCUACUCGGACAAAAACCUGUCCCUCCUCGACAACGCGCAAAAACCCUCGUAUCUUCUCAACUGCAUUCAGCGAUGGCUUACGCUCGUGCUCGACCUCGUGGUCGCAGUUCUCACCGUGCUGCUCGUCGUCUUUGCUGUGGUCCUUAGGGGGAAACUCAAUCCCUCCCUCCUUGGCGUCGCACUCGUCAACAUGAUGAACUUGGGACUUAACCUGAAGGGUAUUAUCCUCGCGUGGUCUCAGCUUGAAACAUCUCUUGGAGCUGUUACGCGCAUUAAGACCUUUGAAGAAACUACUCCUUCGGAACUUCUCCCCGAAGAAAACUACACUCCCCCUGAGGAAUGGCCUGCCCAGGGUUCUCUCGAAUUUGCCAACCUAUCCGUACAAUACGACUCGACCUCCCACCCCGUCCUCCAAAACAUCUCCAUCUCCAUCAAGCCGGGCCAAAAACUCGGCCUUGUCGGCCGCAGCGGCAGCGGCAAAAGUUCACUCAUCCAAGCCCUCUUCCGCAUGGCCAACACGCCCGCCGGCCAGAUCCUCCUCGACGGCCAGGAUAUCGCCAGAGUCCCCAAGUCCCUCAUCCGCCAGAAGCUCAGCUGCCUCACCCAAGAUCCUUUCCUCUUCACCAACACGAUACGGUUCAACGCUGACCCCCUUGGAGUCCACUCUGACGAGGCUAUCAUCAGCGCUUUGCAGCGAGCUGCUAUAUGGGAUGUCAUCAUUUCUAAAGUCGACACGAGCAAGAACCCUCUCGACGAGAAAAUGGAUGAGACUUUCUUCUCUCAUGGACAGAGACAACUUUUCUGUCUUGGAAGGGCGCUCCUUAAGAAGAGUAGCAUCCUCAUCCUCGAUGAACCAACCAGCAACAUCGACAACCAAACUGACGCCCAAAUCCAACGUGUCAUCAAAUCAGAGUUUAAAGACCGCACAGUCAUCAUGAUUGCCCAUCGUCUCGACUCAUUACUCGACUUUGAUACAAUUGCCGUGCUUGAAGAGGGGUCGCUAGCAGAGAUUGGCGCCCCUGAGGAAUUGCUGAUGAAGGGAGGUGCUUUCUCGAAGCUUUACGCCUCCGAUAAAACAAACAAGAGGAGAAGCUCGGAUGAAAUUUCACGAGAAUGA